AGCAGAGGCGCCGCGUCGCUACCACCACAUCCACAGUCAUGCUGAAACACGAGUUGUUUGUGGACAUGACCUGUGAAGGCUGCUCCGGUGCAGUCAGUCGGGUGCUCAACAAGCUGGGAGGAGUUGAGUUUGGCAUUGACCUGCCUUACGAGAACGUUUGCGUCAACUCUGAGCACAGCGUGGAUCUUCUGCUGGAGACCCUGGGAGAAACAGGACAAGCCGUUUCCUACCUCGGCCCCAAGUAGUGAGGGCCUGGACCCUGGGCCCAAGAUGGAGCAAAGCGGGCCGAUCCUCUCCUGCCUUCCCGACAGACCUGGGCCUGGCAGUCCUACUCAGCAAUAGGAGUUCCUACAGAGACCCUCACUUGCCCUGCUCCUCCCUAGCGUCCCUGCAAUAAA